AUGUUUCGUAUUGCCCUUAAUACCAAUCGUACUCGCAUUUCCACUACUACUACACCUUUCCUCGUCAAACGUCGACAUGCAUUCAACCCUUGGUCCGUACGCAUGAGCACAGCAGCCGUGUCUUCAAAAACCAAUGACACCUCUACUCCCACCACCACCACUACCACGACAACACCUUCCAAGGAGACUGUAGCUGCGCAAACGUCUGCAUUUCAAGAUCUCCUCGGCUUAACGAGCCCCAGCCCUGAUUUGAAAAACACCUUUUACCAGAGACAACUUCCAGAAACAUUGGUUCGAUUCUCGUCUAAUGAGGGCAAACGGCUUUUUCGGUCAGCUAUGGAGGCUGGACAUGCUGAGGGAUUUUUCCCAUUGACUGGCAACUUUACCACGCAAUCCGAACCUGCUUAUUGUGGUCCUAGUUCAUUGGCUAUGGUAUUGAAUGCAUUGGAAGUGGAUCCUAAGCAACGAUGGAAAGGAAAUUGGCGAUGGUAUUCAGAUGAGUUACUGGAAUGCUGCUCUUCCAAAGAAGAAAUGAAAAAGAACGGCAUCACCUUUGACAAGUUUGCAUGUCUUGCAAAAUGCCAUAGCGACGUGGUGGUGAAACGUGGCAACGACUUUACACUGGAAGAAUUUAUACGAGAUGUGCAAGAUGUGACGAUGCGUUCUGACAAGUUUAUGGUGAUUUCAUUCUCGCGCAAAACGCUUGGACAAACAGGCGAUGGUCAUUUUUCACCUAUUGGAGCGUAUCACCCAGAAUCUGGCAUGGUGUUGGUGCUUGAUACGGCACGAUACAAGUAUCCAAGUUAUUGGUGCCCAGUGGACGUAUUGUAUGAAUCGAUGAAGCCUAUUGAUAAGGAAACGGGACGACCUCGUGGAUACUUUUUGUUGAGCUAUGAUGCUGAACGACCCCCUGUCAGUUUAUGCAAGGUUAAAAAUGCAACAGCCAAUCAACAGAACGAGGAGAAUGAUAAAAAGCGACUAGAGCAGCAGCAACAACAGCAACAACAGCAGGCUGUGGAGGAAAAAAGUGUAUCAUCAGCACCAGCAUUGAAUUGGACCACUUUGGCAAAGAGCUUUUGUAAGCGAAUUCCUGAAAACAUGUGGCUCGAGAAACCAAGGACACUGCAACAUGUGGUGCAACUCGUAUUACGCAACGUGCCACCAGAAUAUACAAUGAUCCUUGCCAAUCAAUCGCUUUUGGCAGCUUCAGCAGCCAUGCCAAAUGACGCUCGUUCUUAUAUCGACACUUUACUCCAUGACACCACUCAAUCCGCUUUAUACCCCAUUGUCCUCGAUGCUCUUUAUCCUUCUUCACAAAGACCAACAACCACAACCACAGUCGACCAGUAUGCUGCCUUUGCCACCUUGUUCAUGUUAGGCUCUCCACGUAUGCUUUAUACAUCCUUGCCGCGUGAUCUUCAAGAAUCUCUCGAUACCUAUCGUCAAGACAAGUCCAUGUCCGAUGUUGUGAAACGAGAAGUGGAUCGCAUAGGUGUGGAAGUGAGCGAGUUGACAAAGACUUUUUGUACUUGUGGUCCAGGAUGGAGUAGCAAUAUUAGCUCUACUACUACCGGCAACAGCAAUGUAUCAAUAUUAGACAAAGAGUGCAGCAGUGCAUAA